AUGCCACGCGUUGCAGACAUCCCAGCUUCAAAGAUGGCUGAACCGUUGGAGACGCUUGAUGCUGUUGAUGGUGCGGAUACUGACAGUCUGGUCCCGAGCCUCCACAAGCGCGCCAAGCGACCCAAGCAACCCAAGCGACCCAAGCGCGCCAAGCGCGCCAAGCGACCCAAGCGCGCCAAGCGCGCCAAGCGACCCAAGCGCGCCAAGCGCGCCAAGCGCGCCAAGCGCGCCAAGCGCGCCAAGCGCGCCAAGCGACCCAAGUGCGCCAGGGACACUUGCACCAAGACCGCCCCACAUCACUUUGCCAGACCAAGCGAUCCAAGCGCGCCAAGCGCGCCAGGGCGGGACGUCGCCUGCAGGGUGCGCGAAGCCAUUGUUCGGAUAGCCGAGGCAGAGGCUCAAUACGACUUGAAGGACGCAAAGGCGUUCGCGCAAUUCCUCCACGAUGCAGACGUACGUUUGGUUCGUGCCAGGUACCUCACUGACUUGGUCCGAUCCGAAUGCCCAUUGCCACGUCGCCAAGAACUCCAGUCCAAGACCUUCGUUCCUCCUAACUCCAAAGAGGCUGAAACAGCCUUGGUGAGCCACCAGGAAGUACAGACCUGGGCUGAAGGGAAUAGUGAUGCAAUCAUCUGCUCGAUCCCCCACGCUUGGGAGACACGCGAGCAUCCAGAUCCUUGUAGAUAUCAGCUGGAGCAGAUUGUGCAGCGUGUUGUAUUGUACGAAGCUGCUUUCAAAGCUGAUGUUUGGGUGUUUUAUGAUUAUGCAUCGUUGUUCCAAUUUGAGCGGUUCUCUCCUGAAGAAAAAAGCAGCUUCGGAGCAGCCAUGCAAAAUAUGCAUGUGAUGUACGCGCACGAGCACACGCUGACCCCGCGCAUCGAAAGUCUCACACCAGAUGAUGUCUGGAAUCGCAUGAGGGCCAACGAGACGGAACUUGUCCCUGUUUAUGACAAGGACGAGAGGCAUGUCGUAGCCAAACCCUUGAAGGAUUUGUUUCCAAACCGGAACGCCUACCUUUCUCGCGGAUGGUGCAUGGCAGAGGUGGAAUGGAGUUCGCUCAGGACAGUGAAUCUCCAGCACCAAAGAAUCGAUGGAGUCGAUGACCACUCAGAUGAUGAUGGCGACCACUCAAAUGAUGAUAGCAACCACUCAGAUGAUGGCAGUCGCCUGAAUGGCACGAUCCCGAUGACCCCUGAAAAUUUCCGCUCCAAAAUGGAAGCGGCGGUCUUUACUCACAGAUCCGAUGCGGAAAGCGUCAUCCGUUUGCAAGAGAAGAUCUUUUUCGAAAAGGUGACGGUGUGUGAGCACCUGGAGUUGGAAGGCCUUCCAGCCCAAGAGAUGCUGGCGUUGGCUCAUGCUUUGCCACUCUACAAGAACUUGAAAAGCUUGACGCUGAAAACCUUUCGAUGUGACGAAGAGCAGGUUGAAGCCCUUGCAAAGGCAUUCGCAACCAGUGGAUUGCAAAUGCUCACAGUCCGCAAUGACGACGCCAAGAGCUCUGAACUCAUGGUCAAGGCAUUCUUGGGGGAUUUCGUGGUAGAAAAUUGGCAGGUUUGGGGACCCGAAUUUCGCGACAAAUCUGCGAAAUUGAAAGAUCCACGAAAUGGCUGCGAAAGCUGCAACGGGCGAAGUCCACCAGUGUGUGAAGAGACCGCGGGCAAAGACAUUACAAAUGCCAGACAGGAUCUUUCUCAUGGGGCUACAGGCUUUCGCCUUUCACCGCGAAAGGCCUUGGCCGAGGCGCUGAAGACAAACUCGCCCGUCACGAACAUUGAUUUGGCAGGCAACGAGAUUGGCGCUGAGGGUGCCAAGGCCUUGGCCGAGGCGCUGAAGACAAACGCCUCCGUCACGGACAUCGAUUUGGGAUACAACCCGAUUGGUGCCGAGGGGGCCAAGGCCUUGGCCGAGGCGCUGAAGACAAACGCGUCCGUCACGAACAUUGAUUUGCGACACAACAAGAUUGGCGACGUGGGCGCCAAGGCCUUGGCCGAGGCGCUGAAGACAAACUCGUCCGUCACGGACAUCGAUUUGUCAAGGAACCUGAUUGGCGACGAGGGCGCCAAGGCCUUGGCCGAGGCGCUGAAGACAAACGCCUCCGUCACGGACAUCGAUUUGGGAUACAACCCGAUUGGUGCCGAGGGGGCCAAGGCCUGGUGUGUGGAGCCCUGGAUGAAGACGCCAGCCUUGCUCUGUCCUCGUUUCCAGGCCUUGGCCGAGGCGCUGAAGAUAAACUCGUCCGUCAUGAACAUCGAUUUGCGACUCAACCAGAUUGGUGCCGAGGGGGCCAAGGCCUUGGCCGAGGCGCUGAAGACAAAUGCGUCCGUCAAGAACAUCGAUUUGCGACUCAACGAGAUUGGUGCCGAGGGGGCCAAGGCCUUGGCCGAGGCGCUGAAGAUAAACUCGUCCGUCGAGAACAUCAAUUUGGCAGACAACAAGAUUGGUGCCGAGGGGGCCGAGGCCUUGGCCGAGGCGCUGAAGAUAAACGGGCCCGUCACGAACAUCAAUUUGACAGUCAACAAGAUUGGCGACGAGGGCGCCAAGGCCUUGGCCGAGGCGCUGAAGACAAACUCGUCCGUCGCGAACAUCGAUUUGCGAGAAAACAAGAUUGGCGCUGAGGGUGCCAAGGCCUUGGCCGAGGCACUGCAGAUCAAUAAGUCCGUCAUGAACAUCGACUGGGAAGGCAACGACAUUGGUCCCCAGGGUGCCAAGGCUUUGACCGAGGCACUGCAGAUCAACAAGUCCAUGACGAAUAUCGCUUUGCAAUACCAACCAGAAGAGAGUGACAGGCACACGCGCAGAACUCCUUUCGAAACUCCAGUCCGUCUCCAGGCCUUGGCCGAGGCGCUGAAGAUAAAGUCGUCCGUCACGAACAUCCAUUUGGGAUGCAACGACAUUGGCGACGAGGGCGCCAAGGUGUUGUCCGAAGGGCCCUCGAACAAGACGCCAACCUUGACCUGUCGCUGCCUCCAGGCCUUGGCCGAGGUGCUGAAGAUAAACGCGUCUGUCGCAAACAUCAAUUUGAUCUACAACGAGAUUGGUGCCGAGGGCGCCAAGGCCUUGGCUGAGGCACUCAAAAUCAACAAGUCCAUCACGAACAUCAAGUUGGGAGGGAACCAGAUUGGUGCCGAGGGCGCCAAGGCCUGGUGUGUGGCGGGCUCCGCAGAAUGCUGCGGCGAUUUGAUGGAAGAUGUCAUGUCCCGGACAUCCUGUGACAGUGACAGUGACGGUUUGGAGGCCUUGGCCGAGGCGCUUAAAAUCAACAAGUGCGUUACGGAGAUCCUUUUGUAUGAAAACCAGAUUGGCGACGAGGGGGCCAAGGCCUGGUGUGUGGUGGGCUCCGCAGAAUCGCUGAAUGCUGCGGCAUGUCAUGCUGUCAUAUUUUCGACAUCCUUUGACAGUGAGAAGUUUGGAUGGUUUGGAGGUGUUGUAGUUUCAUCGUUCAUCUCGGAUCGAGUUGAGUUGUCAAAUACUCCCAAUCCAGCUGUAUGGAGAUGCUGAAUGAAACCGUGGAUUUCUGGGUCGUUUUUCCAAGUUUUGAAUCAGAGAGAUUGGACAUGUCUAAGUUGAAUGUCCUUUUUUUUUAUUUUAUCUUUUUUUAAGCAUUUCAGAAAUCAGGUUUUGUCUGUAGGGCCCUUAAAAUCUAAACGCCAACUCACUGCAUACAGGCCUUGGCUGAGGCACUUAAAAUCAACAAGUCCAUCACGAACAUCAAUUUGG